GAGGAGAAGAAAGAAGACAAAAAGGAUGACAAGCCUAAGGCAGAGGCCGACAAGAAGGAUGACAAGCCUAAGGCCGAUGGCGCCAAGAAGGAGGAAAAGAAAGAGGACAAAAAAGAUGACAAGCCUAAGGCAGAGGCCGACAUGAAGGAUGACAAGCCUAAGGCCGAUGGCGCCAAGAAGGAGGAAAAGAAAGAGGACAAGAAGGAUGACAAGCCUAAGGCAGAGGCCGACAAGAAGGAUGACAAGCCUAAGGCCGAUGGUGCGAAGAAAGAAGAGAAGAAAGAGGACAAAAAGGACGACAAGCCUAAGGCAGAAGCCGACAAGAAGGACGAUAAGCCGAAGGAUGUAAAGCCAGAGGCCCCAAAGGCAGAGAAGCAGAAAACUGAGGAGAAGCCGAAGGAAAAG